GAGCCGAUAAAACACGUUAUGCUUUGAAAAAUCCGUCUGGUUUUUUGUUUCCAUCCUCGCCAUCAACAAAGCCGGCGGCGCUUGGAUCCCGCUGGACCCCUCACAUCCCACUAAAAGACAUCAAGAGCUGGUACACCAGACUAAAGCAAAACUCGCGUUGACGUCGACGGCAAACGUCGAACUAUGCGAACACCUGGGGCUAGCUGUUAUCGAGGUCACGGCCGCCUUGGAUAAGUCCCUGACCGACGCGCAAGGAAGCACCGUCUCGUCAUCUGUCUCGCCAUGGCAGCUGCCGAAAGCGUGUGAGGUGACGUCCCAGAACGCCGCCUAUGUUUUGUUCGCGUCUGGUAGCACCGGUACCCCCAAGGGGCUGGUAAUAGAGCACCGCUCAGUCUGUACCAGCUAGGUCUCUCUCCGCAUGAGCCCGAGCUUGACAGCAGAGACGCGCUUUUUGCAGUUUGCCUCGUACGUCUUUGACUCAUGCAUUGGGGAAAUCUUUUCACCUUGUUUGUCGGCGGAUGUGUGUGCGUACCCUCGGAUGAGACGCGGUGGACCAGCAUUCCUGAUUACAUUCGCCAUACACGCGCAAACUCAGCAUUACUAACGCCGUCCUUUAUUUGGACAAUGAAGCCGACAGAUGUUCCAAGUCUAAGACUGUUGAUAACAGCAUCUGAACCACCGGGCCAAGAUAUUUUAAAUACCUGGCUUGGCCACGUACGACUUGUCAAUGCUUGGGGCCCGGCAGAAAUAUGCUGUAUUGCCACGCUGCACGAGUGGAAGUCGGCCGGCGAAUCGCCAAUGACAGUGGGUGGACCUGUGGGCGGGUCCUGCAGUUGGAUCGUCGACCUUGAGGAUCACGAACGCUUAGCGCCAAUAGGGUGCGCAGGCGAGGUCGUCGUUCAAGGUCUAACCAUCCUACGCGAGUAUCUAUCAAACAUCAGAGCGACGGAAGUGUCUAUUAUAACGCCAGUGCCAGCGUGGAUGCCGCAUCGAAAAGGCCUGGAGAUGACGUGGGACCGCUUUUUCAAAACCGGCGAUUUAGGGUUUUAUAACCCAGAUGGAACCAUAGAGUUUAUCGGCCGAAAAAACACACAGGUGAAGAUUUGAGGCCAACGCAUUGAGCUGGAAGAGGUCGAGUUCAAUGUAAGGACAACGCCAGAGUUUGAGGUGAUUAAACAGGUGGCUGUAGAUACCGUACGGACAGGGUCUAAGACGAGUCUUGUUACCUAGCUCUGCUUCAGCUAGGACACUAAGCGAGCGGGCCGGGACGAGCGAGACAAUAUGGAUGACCUUUUUCUACCAAUGACAGACGAGGUGGAGAGACUGGUGUCGGGCCUAGCUAAAGAGCUAAGGGUGAAGCUACCUAGCUACAUGGUGCCCACCAUGUUUGUACCGUGUCGGUAU